AUGAUUGCCACUAGUCAGAAUGCCGAGAACGAGAGUAAUAUUGACAUUCGCCUAACUGAUGACCAUGAACAUGAAGAAGAAUCCUUAUACGGUGAUGUCGAUGAUCUUCGAUUAUUAAUUAAUGAUAGCGAUAAUGAUAUGAAUGAUAAUGGAGACGGGUUAUUAACUGAUGAAGAAUCAAUGGGGAACGAAUCUUUACUAGCUGAAUUUUCUGAUAAUGAAGAGAUUUCUGAAGAUGAUGAACAAAAUUUCAUGGAUGCCAUUAGAGAGGCAAAUAAUUUCAAAGUUAAAAACAAGAAUAAGAAUGGUAAAAAAUCGAAACGAAAAGGGGGUCUUGCUAAGAUGUUGAAGGAGAGAGUUCUUGACCCAGAAGUUGCUCAACUUCUAUCAGAAGCUAAUGAAGCAUUUGUUCGUAGUGAUUUACAAGUGGCUGAACGACUUUAUAAUGAAGUUAUUAAGAAAGAUGCAAGAAACUUUGCUGCUUAUGAAACCUUGGGUGAAAUUUAUCAACUGCAAGGCCGUCUUAAUGAUUGCUGUAACUCAUGGUUUUUAGCCGCCCAUAUUAACUCCACUGAUUGGGAAUUUUGGAAAGUGGUUGCCAUAUUAUCUGCAGAUUUAGACCACAUAAGACAAGCUAUUUAUUGUUUUUCUAGAGUAUGUGCAUUAAAUCAUGAGGAAUGGGAAAGUCUUUACCGUAGAUCUUUACUUUACAAGAAAAUUGGACAAAUUGGUAGAGCGCUGGAAGGUUUCCAGAAAUUAUAUAGUCAUAACCCAUUCAAUAGUAAUAUUCUUCGUGAAUUGGCCGUAUUAUAUGUGGAUUAUGAUAGAAUUGAAGAUGCGAUUGAUUUGUAUAUAAAAAUAUUCGAGGCAAACGUUGCAAGAAGAGAGGCCAUAGUAGAAGCUUCAGAAAAUGCAAUUGAAUCCUCUGAUGAAGAGGGUGAAGAUGAGAAAGUAGAUGACAAUAGUGACGAAGAGGAGGAAGAAGAAGAUGGAGACGAAGAUAUGGCGUUUUUGAAAGAUAAUGAAGACAUGCAAUUAUAUCCUGGUGUUAAUUGGAAAAAGCUUAAUUCGAAACAUAAAUGUUUACCGUUUGACUGGUCAUCGUUAAAUAUCAUGACAGAGUUAUAUUUAAAAUUGCCAAUAGGUGGAUCAUCAGGGAUUAAUACUAUCAAGAAAUGCGCAAGAUGGAUUGAACGUCGUGAGAAUCAAAUCUUUUGGGACGAUGUUACUGACGAUUCUGAAUUUGAUGAUAGAAGAUUUAAAAAUGGCCGAUUCGAUGCCCUACCUCAGAUGGAGAAGGACAAAAAAUAUUUUCUUCCGAUUGAUAUUAGAGUUAGACUUGGUCUCUUAAGAUUGGAAAAUGAGCACUAUCUAGAAGCUAUGACACAUUUUCAAUAUCUGUAUGAUGAGGAUUUUGAAGAGAUUGCUGAUUUAUAUUUUGAAGUCGCAUUGGCGUUAACUAAAAUGGAAAAAUAUCAAGAAGCUAUUGAUUUUUUCUUACCGCUAUUAAAUGUGGAAGAUUAUCAAUCAAUCGAACUUUAUGAACCUUUAGGAAGGUGUUAUAAGGAAACAGAACAGUAUGCAUUAGCAAAGGAUUAUUAUGAAACAGUUGUUGAAAUGGAUGGAACAAAUGUUGAGAAUAUAUUAAUGUUAGCUGAAAUCACGUACCAAUUAGGAAACACAGAUAUGUUUAAGGAAUUAUUGGCCCGAGCCAAAGAUCUAAGGAAAGAACAAGAAGAUGAAUAUAUUGGUUCAAUGAAUAAACCUAUUGAAGAAGUAUCUGAUGAUGGGACGACAAGCAAACCUUUGUUAGAAGAUAGUCUAUACAGAAAGGCAAGUUAUAAGAAGAAGAAGACGCCGCAAGAUGCAGAGAGGGAAAGAAUCGAUAGAGAAAGGAAAAUUGUUUCUAAAGUUUUAAAAAAGUAUAAGAGAUUGGAUGCGUUGAAUCUUGGACUAGAACAAGAAGAUCCAAGUGCAAUUACUGCAUGGAUUGACACGGUGUUUGAUUUAGUUGAUGUCUUUUCCAGUGUGAAGAACUUCUUCAUGAAGAGUCGUUCCAAAAAAUUUGUUGGUAUCAUACGAAGAACUAAAAAUUUAAAUACUGUCGUCGACUAUAAGAUCGAAAGAUUAUCAAAAUUAUCUGAAGGUGACGUUUUAUCAGAUGAGUUCCCAUUAUUGGAUGAAAGAGUUAUCUUGACCUCCACUACAGAGUUAAGGGGGUUAACUUACGAUCAGUGGUUUGAAUUGUUUAUGAAAUUAGCAUUGACCAUCGCGAGGUAUCAAAGUAUUGAAGAUGCGAUAAGUGUAAUUGAAACAGCGCAGGAUGUGAAUGUUUUCAACCAAGAUCCAGAAAGAGUGAAGAUGAUGAAGUUUAUCAAACUAGCUAUAAUUUUACAAGAUAAAAAUCAAGAUGAAGAAACUAUCACUGAACAUUUAAGAGGUCUAUUGAAUCAAUUCCAAUUUAAUAGGAAGGUGUUCCAAAUAUUCUGCUAUUGUUUAUGUAAGGGAAGAACUUCGCUAAACAUCGUUAGUUCUACCGUCCAACAGAAAUUCUUUUUAAGACAAUUAAAAGCAUUUGAUAGUUUAAGAUACGAUACACAUGUGAACGGACAAGCAUCUAUUACCAAUACUGCCGUAACGAAUCCUGAAAAGAAAAGUUCACUGUACUUGUAUUAUAUUUAUGCAGUGUUGUUAUAUUCCAGUAGAGGGUUUGUUUCAUCAUUACAAUAUCUAAGCUGGUUAGAAGAUGAAAUACCUGAUGAUCCAAUGGUUAACUUAUUGAUGGGUUUAUCUCAUUUACAUCGUUCUAUGCAAAGAUUAACAGCUCACAGGCAUUUUCAAAUAUUACAUGGGCUAAGAUAUUUAUUCAGAUAUCAUGAUAUAAGGUCGACGAAAUAUACAGAAUUGGAGAAACAGGAAGCUGAUUAUAAUAUUGGGCGAGCCUUUCACUUAAUUGGGUUAGUUUCCAUUGCUAUUACCUACUACGACAAAGUUCUUAACAAUUAUUCUGAAGAGAAAUUAAAGAGACAUGCGGCUUAUAACUCGAUUAUUAUUUAUCAAGAAAGUGGGAAUAUUGAACUAGCAAACUCUCUAAUGAGGGACUAUUUAACGAUAUAA